UCCUUGAUAAUUUCCUGAAUUAAUAUCAGGCAAACGCAAGUGAGGAUAUCGUUGAGGUAAGCGCAAGUGCGGCCCGCGCAAUUUCGGUUAUGCAAGAUGGCCGCCUGCGCACAAGGAUAUAAAAAUGGGUAAGCGGCCGCCCUAAUGCCAGUCUUUGACAACACAGCACAACAAGCGUUAAGCUAGCGAAUAAUAAAGCAAACCAAAAAAAAUAGCAUUAAAUCAGAACCAGUAGAAAUUCAUAGCGAAACUUGAAGUUUGAACUGUUUAAGAAAGCGAUCUUCAUAAAGAGGCACACAGAUAUUCACAUACAUAGAUUUUGAGGAAAAUAACAACAGCAGAAGAAAUUAAAAAAAUGGAAGGAUCUAAAGUCCAGAACAACCGACGUGAAAAGGCCGCUGCUGAUAAUGGUGGUAAGAGGACAAUCGAAAAGCGAGCCAACCAAAAUCUUCCGGUUUCAUCUGAAAGACCGUCUUCAUCUACCACGUUGGCUAGUAGCAAGAAUGCAAAGAUUGACCCUGCCGCCAAGAAAUCCGAUAAGUCUCGUACUUUCACCGCUGUAAAACAGCCAGGAAUCCGUGAGCGGAUCAUCCAUAUAUUGGCUGUAAAACCAUUAUCAAAGUCGGAUCUGAAAUCACGAUUAAUGAAGGAGGGCAUAGCACGCGGCGACCAGACAGUGCUUACUUCCUUCCUCCCGUUGAUUGCGAGAACCGAAGAUAAUCUGUACUACCUCAAAUGCCAUGUAUGGGAUGAUGUGAACGAAAAUUGGCCAUACUACACCGAGGAGGAGCGGAAGAAAGUGACGUUGAGUAAGCGUUUUAGUGCGGCUUCACCAGUGACUGGACCUAAUGCGACCACCACCAGAGUUACUGGGUCAAAUGCGGAUGUUAAACUCAACCAAACACCAUCCUGUGGGACGGCAUCAGUAAGCCGCAGUAAAGCGAAUGCAUCUAGUAACGGUUUAAAACGACUUCGGGGCGACCUUCCAACUAUAAAUUCAAAGAAACCGAGACUGAGUGGUGAACAGCGAUUACCUCAGUCUUCAGCCAGGCCUCAGGUUGAGUCCAAUGCUAGAAGGCCUACCGACCAUGGAAGGCACUCAAGCCUUCUAGUGGACUCGGUGAAGUCGGCACCUGAAGCAAGCGUGCCCAGCAUAAUUUCUGGCGACCUACCGAACCUACCGAUCAUUACGGAUUUUGAUGAUCAAGAGCAGAAAAACCAAAACCAGAAACUUAUCCGUGGCAGCAACAAUGUCUUAAAGUCUUCGAACAAACAACCAUUACCCAAUCCGGUGGCAGCCAGAACAAAAUUUGACGAAAGUUGCUUCAUCAGAAAACGCACCAAUCCUGGAAGGCACUCGAGCAUACAUCGCAAGAUAAAUCACGUAACCGAAGGUGGUCACUCCGACAGUAAUGUCAGAUUCCUAUUUCCAAAUGAUAAGGUCUCAACAAAUGCUCAGGCAUCAGAUACACGUCUAAUACAAGAGCCGAUAAAGCAAACGAGCCAAGCCAAUAUCAACGGACGACUUUCGGAAGACCCGCUUUUACCCCGCAUCGAUGAACCCGCAGAGUCGACGAAAUAUUCGGUAGACCUUCCAGUCAAAGCACCUAGAACAGUAGCAAGAAUUCAUGCACCAAAAGCAAGCGUAAGCAGUAUGAUGACUGAUGCUGCUCCGCCCUCGAUGUACCACAGUAAACAGCAACAGCAACAGCGAGAACAACCAGAACUUCAUCGGUCUCUCAAAGACGUUGGGACAAUUGAGUUUUUACGAUUCUUGUCAUGCAACACGGAAUUCGAGAAAUAUGGAGACCUAACUGCCUACCAAAUGCUAGAGAAAAGGAACCCGAAGCUUACCGAUGAGCUGCCAGUAUUUAAUGCCGGCGAUUACCCACCAAUAACCGAUGAAUGGCAGCUAUGUAUAUACCGCUCGGAAUUCCAAAGUAUUGAGGAGGAAUAUAUGAAUUUACAUGCCGAUAUUACAGACUUAACGUCGAAGUUUUGGUGUCUACGUGCUGAAUUCUUGGCUACUGAGGAGCACGAUAGGGAGUUCGAUGAUGUUAAAGAGCGAUUCCUUGAAUGCUGUAUUAAAAUAAUCGAAGAGGAAGGACUAAAACGUAGAGCGAGAUUGGAUUAUUAUCAAGAUAUGCGGGAGCACCUGUCUCUACUUAUCGUAGAUUUUGAAGACCCCGUGUUGGGGGUUGAGGUAAAAGAGCAGUUGCUGGCUGCAAAGGAAAAAGUGAGAAAUUGUAUAAGGAGCACCAACGUCGUGAACAUCAAUUUUCUUACUUGGCCACUGAUAGAGUAACGGUGGAACGUGGAGCGACAUCCAAAAAGUAAACACAAUUGCAGAGUGUCAUUCACCGACACCGAUCUGGACGGUUCGUGGAUAGUGGUGGAUAGUGAUUUCGACGAUUAAAACAGCUACUAAUCGAAAGACUGGGAAUAUCUUCAAACGGCUCCAGGACCUCAGUUCGCAUUGACCAUGGUUCUAUCUGACGAUGCUUGGGUUAUGGCCUCAAAGCUCAAAUCCCAGAGCAGAUGAAUUUCUUAUAAGUACUUACGAUUUUCUAUUUUUAGUAAAUUCAUAUAGAUUUGUAUUGUACAUGUUUAAAAAA